AUGACGGAGGAAAUCUUGGUUUCGUCCCGCUCCUUUGGGGCUGCCGCUGUCGUUCUCCCCACCUGUACCGAAGGCGAUUUUAUCGCCGACGAGGCUCGUCUUGACAAACUUGAGGACGACGUCGAGGUCAUAUCACUCAACAUGAAGAUCCUGGAUGCCGGUACCGAAGUGCUCGACGACUAUGAUGUCCUGAAAUUCAUUCGCGACAAGCGCGCGCAAAUCAAGGAGGAGAAGGAACAGUCCAAGCAAGAGAAGAGACCCAACUCAUACAGGCCGGCCAAUCUCAUGAAGUCACUACAAAAGCAUGAAGAGCAUCUCGCCGACAAAGACCGACCUUUCCUGGACAACCCUCACUACGACAACAACUCACAGUAUCUGAACAAGCUGAUGCAGACACUGGGCCCGAGAGUACAACUCACAAAGUCCGAAUACCUGACCAUCGCCAAUCAACGACCCUUCAGACGCUCCCACAUUGCUGCUAUGAUUGAGGAUGCCGACACUCGCUUCACAAUGGAAGAACAGAACUUCAUCAGAGAUGCUGUGACCGACAUCUUGGGCAUUCCGGAAAAAGAGGAGCAGAACUUGGACUACACUCCCGUCGAAGUCAAGGGUUGA